AUGGAAUUUCCCCAUUUAGGAAAAAAUUGUUCUGUUCAAACAUGUAAUCGUCUAGAUUUUUUACCGAUGAAAUGUGAUGCAUGUGAAAAAAUAUUUUGCAAAGAUCAUAUAAGAUAUAAUGAACAUAAAUGUGAAUCAUCUCAUCGUAAAGACGUGCAAGUGCCUAUUUGUCCAUUAUGUGGUCAAGCAGUAUCUUGUUCUCGAAACGAAGAACCAGAUCAAGUUGUCAGUGCACACAUUGAUCGCGAUUGUAAAUCUGAUCCAGCUUUAAAUCGUCGACGAAUCUAUACAAAUCGAUGUUCAGCUCCAAAUUGUAAACAGCGUGAAGCAAUACGAUUGAACUGUGAUAAAUGUUUGAAAACAUAUUGCUUAAAACAUCGUUUUCCUGAAGAUCAUAAAUGUAAUGGAUAUGAAAACACAGGAAAACAAAUGAAUAAAGCUGGUGCUGCAGCUAUUGAUAGAAUGAAAUCAUCCACAACAAAUACAAAUGUAAUAUCAUCGAUACAUCCGACUUCAGCUUCUUCCCAUGUAAAUAAAAACAAAUCUGGAAAUACAAAUAAUAAUGCAGCGGCUUCCGCUGUAGCGUUGGAUGAUGAUUCUGAUGGUUCACUAGCAAUGGCAAUUAAAAUGUCAAUUGAAGAAACUGGCACACAACAAGAUGAAGAUUAUCUUUUAGCAAAAGCCCUUCAAGAAAGUGAAGAAGAGGAAGCGCGUCGAAGGAGAGCACAGAUUUUAGAAUUAGAUUGGAAGCGUACUGGAAGACGUUUAUCUCCAAUGAAUACGUCUACCAAUGUAGUUAAUGUUCCAGUUACUAUAGUUAAUUCAAACAGUCAACAUCCAGCAACAAGACCAGACGAUCAAAAAACGACAAAUGAAGUAGAAGAAUUUGAUAAUGAACAUGAUAAUACAUUAACGAAUAAAAAAACAACAAUAUCCUCUUUUCGAUCUGUUGUUGGAAAACCAAGUCGAACAACUGUAAAAAAAGUUGAUAUGAAUACAAUUAUUGCUGAUUUAAAUCGACAGCAAGGAGAAGAUAAAAAAGUUCGAAAUCAAAUGACAACACAAACAACGUCUUAA